AGUACAAUAAUUAAUAAUUCAUUAGUUUCACAUUAUUUGCAUAGACAAAGAGUUGUCUGUCAUACAAGAAAUUUAAUUUAAAGGGGAUUUAAGUUUACAAAACCAAGCAAGAUGAUGCAUGUUAAAGUGGCUUUUGCCUUGCUAGCUUUAGCUGUUGUAUUGGCCCAGGCUAAACCUUCUGUUCCCUUUGGUUUCCAUGGAGUACCCGAUCAUUUGGAUUUAGUGCCACCAGUAUUACCUCCAGCUCAUUUCCAUGCUGCUGGACCUUUGUUACCUCAUCACCAUCAUGCUAAAUUUUUACCACCAGCACAUUUCCAUGCUUCCCCAGUUCUACCAGCUCCUGCUCCUUUACUUCCUGCUCCAGCUCCCUUGUUGCCUGCCCCAGCACCUUUGUUGCCUGCUCCAGCUCCAUUGCUACCAGCACCCGCACCAUUGUUACCCGCUCCCACACAUUUUCUUCCUGCUCCCGCUCAUGUAGUCCCUGCUCCAGCUCCUUUGAUUCACACUCAUGUAGUGCCUGCCCCCACUCCAAUCCUUCCUCCCGUCUUUGAAGCUCUCCCCUUCGUAGAACCUCUACCCAGCUAUCGUGCUAUUCCUGGACCUAAAACCACCACUCAUCAUGUGUCUGUUGGUUAUGCUUUUCCCCAACCACGUUUAGCUAAACUACAUGCUCAUCAUGUACAUGCUGUGCCUCAUGCUCAUCUCCAUGCUGCACCUUUGACAUUGGCUCAUCAUCAUCAUCAUACACUUUUCUAGAAAUUUCACCUUUUCCUUUGCAAAAGGAUUUCAUUAGAAUUAAUAUUUUUAUCCCAAAUAUUUAUGUAUGUGUGUGUAUUUAUUAAAAAUCAUUUAUUCUUCAUACCAAAGUCCAUGUAAACUGUA